CAACUUACUUGAGACGAUCAGUUGCGAUACAAGCGCGAUAGCGAUAAGAUAUCUAUCGGAGACGUGCGGCGAACUGUUACGCUUGGAAGACAAACCUUUGAAUCAAUCGAAGAAUGACUUGAAAUAAACUCAGCAGCGCUUGCAAUACCGGUUUUGUCACGUGCUUCAAUUUCAAGCCAUUUUUAAAACAAUUCAAUAAGAACAACACCAACAACAACUAAUAAAUUAAAGCAAGGCAACAAUUCAGUGGCGCAAAAAAAAUAACGAAACGAAAACAAGUGGUCGCGUAAAUAUUGAAACUAAAAUCGACAAGUGUUGGAAAUUAUUUUGAAUAAAUUUUGAGAAAAACAAAAUUUUGUUAAAAGUGAAUGUUCGAAUUCAAUUUUAUUUUCGUUUGGUCCGCAUUUAGAAGCGCUGCAGUGAAAUGUUAUAAAAAUAAAUUUAAAGAAAAAAAUUAUUAAAAAAAAAACGACAACAACCAACCAAAAAACAAAAGGGAUCAUCACUAAAUCUCAUAAAUGUCAAUGGCCUUUAGACAUGUCAAAAUGUCAAUUCAGAAAAUGUCAAAUUACAAAUCAACCAUAAAAUUAUCAGUGUCAGCAGCAUCGGGAAAGCCAUCAAAAUAUGGCGGUGAAGCGGCAGCGGCCACAAUGCCGUUAUUUAUGAAAAUCAUUUUAAUUCAUUUAUUAAUUUUGCUACAAUGUUUGUUGUGUGCCACAACAACAGCAACAACAGCAGCGACACAAUCAUUAAAUCACACACUAGAUAAAGAUAAUCUCCAGCCAGAAUUGGCGGUGGCGGCCAAAACAACCGGACUCUCAUCCACGACACCAAUAACACCAACAACUAUCAUCAAAGCUCUCGCUGUUGCAAAUGACAGCUCAAAUGAUAACAACAACAACAAUAAUGAUGACACUUCAAAUGUUAAUACUGCCAUGCAGUCUGGGAAUGCCGUCACUGCUGCCGGAGAUAACGAUGGCAAUGCCCAUAAUGACAUUGCCGCCGCGGCCGCCGCCGAUAAUGACCUGUCGCCCAUUAACCAAUUAUUUACCCAUUUAACAAAUGCAACACUUCUCCACGAUGCCUCGGCGCAUGAAUACGAUGCCAGCACGGUGAGGCUGUUGGGCAAUGUAACCCAUUCAUGUUUGCAGACCUGCAUUGAAGAGGAAACACGAUUCGUAAAUGAAUUCGGUGUGAAAUGUUCCAUGGGAGAUAAUCGCACAGAAUGUUAUCGACAGAGGUGUUUCAAAGGCUGUGAACUGUGGUGGAAUGCCUUAAAGGAAUUUGAGCCCUGCCAGGAAGCAUGUUCUUCCACGCAAUUCUAUCCCUUUGAUUUGCCCUGUAUUUCCGCCUGCGAACAAUCACAACGCCACUAUUGGCACUUACAGCGUUUACGUUCGCAACCAGUUGUGACGAGUGUCCGACCCCAGCUGUUGCACGACACUGACGUUCUGAAUACAUUGACACUUAAAUGGCCCAUCAGUGCGGAAUUGUUGCCGGUGCAAUAUUUCGCCAGCAGACCAUUUAAUAUACAAUACCAAUAUGUGCUGGAGCCACCACCGAAUUGGGCGCCAUCGUCCGCAGAGCCAUCAACGGCAUUUGUAAAUGACACCACAGGCAUCAAUGGUCAUGGACAGGACGAUUACUCGCAACAGGAUGUGGAGAUUGCAAAACAAUGGUGGAAUUUGGCCGAUUACAAUUGUAAUGAGAACUUCGAGUGUGAUAUAAUGGAUGGAUUGGUGCCGUACAUGACAUACAGGUUCCGUUUUGAAAUACCCUUUGGCCAAAACCUGGACGAUGUGCUGUACACCCCAGCCUCCGAGGUUUUUACCACUCCGCCAAUGGGUGCCCCAAUAUCAGCACCCGUGAUUAAGCAAGCCAUUGCCCUAAGCAAGAGCCAUUUGGCCAUAUUCUGGACCCAGGGAAAACAUACAAAUGGACCAUUGAAAAAUUACAAACUUGAGGUGGCCGGAGGUAGCGAUGAUGAGGAGAAUGGAAUUUCAGAUGAAAUGCUGCUACCACCAAAUGCCACAUAUAUUAUUCUCUCGAAUUCCGAACAUGAAGACUACACUAUACGGCUGGCCAUGAUCAAUGAAGAGGGUGAGGGUCCGUAUGCAGAGACUCAGCUGAAAAAGCCAAUUGCCAGCCAUGCGUCCUCCACCAAGUUUAAUCUUAACACUUUGCUGGUGUCAUCCGAACAUGGAAUUGUUUUGAAAUCAUUGGAUCCCCUAAUCGAAACUAAAACCUUAUUUAAAACCAGCGAGGCGAUAGCAGAUUUUGAUGUAAAUCAUCACACAAGGCAAUUAUUUGUGCUGGAUAGCAGGGGCCAGUUAUUUAGUUUCUACAUUGAAAAUCCCCUGAAUUAUUCGGAAAUAAUUUUUAAGCCAAAGAAUGUUAACUUUGUGGCCAGGAAAAUCUCUGUGGAUUGGUUAAAUCUACGGCUUUAUAUGGCAGGAGAGAUCUCCCCAAGCCACUGGCAACUGAUUGUCACUGACCUUCAAGGUUCGAUAAUUGAAAUUCUCGCUGAAAAUAUUGCAACUCCCAUUAAGAGCAUACAAGUUGAUCCUCUAAAUGGUUGGAUAUUUGCCACCACUACAGAGGAUCAGCUGCUACGAAUCAAUUUGUCCAACGGGUUACUAACUCCCUUACCCAGCCAUUUGCGAAUCACAGCAUUCACGAACGACUAUGAACAUUUCAUGCUGAAAACAUUUGACGACGAAGAACGUUCCGUUUACGAACUUAGCUAUGAUGGCUUGUAUUCCAAGAAACUAUCUGAUCGCAUUCCAUAUAAAUUUGAGGGCAGUAUCUUAGGAUUUUAUUAUUUGGAUGAUAUUUGCCUGAUGGCGGCGAAUGGUACACAUUUCCUGAUGCAGGAUAAUGAGAGUAAAAAAUUGGAUCUGCUGGCAUUGGACGAGCUGGCGGAGAAGGUGGUGCCAUUGUUUGCUGGCCGAGAGGCUAAGCUAUUGCAACCAGUGCCUCGGCCCUUGAAGAGUCCGGGUAACUUGCAGGCGGUGCUUUCGGAUACCAAGGCCAAAAUAAGUUGGUCCCCUCCCCAGAAGCUGGAGGAGUUUCAGACACCGGCCAGCUGGCAUAGCUGGGAAUAUGAAUUGGAAAUCAUGGAUGUGUCCAGUAAUAGUGCCUUCAAUAUUCGCGGCAUCAAGUCGCGGUACUUUGAGGUGGAACGUUUACAGGCGAAUAAUUUGUAUAAGAUAAAAGUGCGGGCCAUGUUUGUGGCGUUGAGUGGUCGGCUGUCCAGCGACUCGAGUGAGUGGUCUGAGGAGUUAAUGACUCGCACCUGGCCCAUGGCUAAUCAUAGGCUGUUGUGGGCCAGCCAGCGAGGGUUGUUUGAGUCAAAUGAAUUGGCCGAGGCUGUGGAGCUUAGGAGAGGUGUGACGCAAGCUGAGGGUAUCCAAAGCUUUGUCCAAGUCAAUAGCUCGCUGUAUUACGUCACGAUAUCGGACGGAAGGAGGGAACUGAAGUGCCUGAACCUAAUGAAUCCUGAAGUGAUGUGUGGCUUUAGGGCGGAAAAUGUGUUUUCCAUGGAUUAUGAUUGGCGUGGUGGCCGCCUCUAUUGGUCGGAUGUGAAAAGAAAUUGUAUCCUGCGUUCGGAUUUGAAGGGCAAAAACAUGGAGCUGCUGCCCAUAUUUGAAGCCCGCCAGAUUAAAGUAGACUCGCUGAGAGGCUAUUUGUACUACAGCAGCGAUUCUCGUUUGGUGAGACGCUAUCUCAAUGGAGCUCUCCCGGCAGAGGAGUUGGAAUACUAUCAGAUCAAUGGCAAUGGGGAGGUGAUUAAGGGAUUCACAUUGGAUUCCAUGGCCAAUCAGUUGUACUGGCUGGUCCAACAUCAAGAGGAGCCGUUGCGACUCUUCCGCUCCGAUGUGGAUUUGCCGAAAACCGAGGAAUAUUUGGAACUUCCCGCCGAUGUUGGGGCGGUGGAAGAAAGUCUACAAUAUGUAAGGGAAAUUGAGGGUUUCCUUUUGCUUCGCUCCGAUCGGAAUACGGCAGUUAUGCUGCGCAAGGAAUUCCCUGGCCAUGUGGCAGAGAUACAAACUCCUUUCCAGGGAGAGAGGCUAAAUUUCGUGAACCUACGUAAGGAUUUCAUGGGUUUCAUGGAUUAUCGCAUCGUCCCCGAUGCCGUGGACCGGGAAGCCAUCAGAAUCACCGAAGGAUUUUGGGAUGAUUUCAACAUCAAAUGGCCGGCGCCGGGAAACAGUGAGCAUUUAUCGCUCAUCUACAGGGUUUUGGUGGCCUCAGUGGGUGAUAAUUCGACAGCCAGGGAUGUUCUCAGUUUUGAGGUUGCCCAGCCGCUUGUGAGAAUAACAGAACUGAAAAUCUCCUCACACAUGAUCAAUGUAAGCAUUACCCCCGAAUCCUGGUGGAGUAAGGGCCCAACAUCAUGGUCUUUGCUCCGGACACCUUCGGCUGAUCCCAAACAGCCCAAAAAUCUAAGAGUAUUUGUGGAACAGCUGCAGGAACCUUUGCAGGAUGAGGCCAACAUUACGGCCCUGCUACGCUGGGAGGCUGCGGACAAUCUGAGCAAUGAAAAGGAGGCCUUUUACAAGGUCUUUUGCUGGCACAAGGAUGAGCUGUUCAGUGUCAAGGACAUUGAGGACAUGGGUCGGGAUACCCAUGAAAUGAGGUUUUAUAAUUUGCAUCAAGAUGCCACCUAUAUGUUCCAGGUCCAGGCCUUUUCGUUGAGUCGUUCCAAGGGCGGUGAGAAAUCGGCUCUGCUAACCUAUCACAUCAACCCGGAGUUCCAGGCGCGACCGAAAUUAAUGUUCAGUACCCCGGAAUAUAUUGGAGAAUUGGACAUGGAUUUGGGUAGCUCCAAGGUGUGGUUGUAUACCUCUAGCGAGGUGGAGCAUAUGGCUGUGAUGCCGGGCGAACAGCGCCUAAUAUGGGUCAAUGACAAUGUGGAACUGAUGACCUAUCAACCCGGAUCAUCGGCCCUCAAGUUGGCUCGCAUGCGGGCCGAAGUUUUGUCCCUGGCCGUGGAUUGGAUUCAACGCCAGGUCUAUUGGGCAGAGUUGUCGGGUGACAUCGAGCGUCCGGUGGAUGUUUAUGUCUUGGAUCUGACCCAAUAUGAGGGUAAAGUAAUGCUGGGCCAGCGAUUGUUUUCCCUCAGUAAUGGCAGGCUUUUGAGGGAUCUCCAGGUGCUGCCCUACUCCCAGCUCAUGUUGUGGCUCGAAUAUGAUUUGGAGACCAAGGAGGGGUCAUUGCAGGCUAGGAGUUUGAAAAAUCUAGGGGAAGUGAAAUUGAAAAAUCUCCCUUUGGCGCCGCUGCAAUCGCUAUUUGAGGGAUCCUGGUCGGCCGACAUGGAGACAGUAAAUCUGGUGGAUGUGAAGGGCAAGUUGUACUCCUAUGAAAUCGAACGUCAAAUUUUGGUGACCACCAAGAUACCCAUCAUGUCUGGGGAUUCUGGUACGGAUUUUGAAAGGGAUGCGGGAUAUAUUUAUUGCCUCAGCAAUCACACGCUGAGGGCCUAUAAUCGUAGGAAACACAACCUAGAGUACUCCAUGAAUUUCGAGGAUAUCAAGGUCAUUAAGGCAUUUAACUAUCAACGCUAUCCGCCGAGAGAGUGUUUGCUGCCGGCUGAGAGUCACAAGGAAGGGGAGAAAGAAGAGGAAAGAGGGGAGGCGGAGAGGGAAGAGGAACUGCUCAAAACCCGUCUGGUCAAGGCAGUGGGCCAGAGAUAUGUUUUGCUACAGCCUCCCCAGCAUAACUUCCUUGGCCAAUGUGAGCUGCCCAUACCUGGCCUGAAAUAUCACCUUCACCUGGAGCAGGAGGGCAACCUUAGGCAACAUUUUGAAUUGAGCGGAAACUUUAGCCAAUUAAAUGUGACUGAUCUCAGACCCUACACCAACUAUACCCUUACCCUGGAGGCCUAUUCCUAUUACCAACAGAAGCUGGGGCUCAAUGGAACCACCUAUCCCCCAUUCACUGUCCUUACCCUACCUGGAACACCCAGCCAACCUAGGAACUUUAGCCUGGAGGUCAUUAGCCCCACCGAGGUCUUGGCCACUUGGCAGGAACCCGAAGAACUCAAUGCCCCCCAAGUGCGUUAUGCCCUUAGCUUCAUGGAGGAUGGUGCGGCCCGGGGCUAUCGUGUCGAUUUGGAAGAACUGGAGUAUACCCUAAGGAAUCUCAAGCCCCUUAGUAAGUACUUCAUUUGGAUCUCCGUCUAUGCGGGAGAUGAAAUGAACAGCACCGAAAAGGUGGCAGUCAACACCUAUGCCGAACCCCAGGACCUGCUGCUGGUGGAGGCGCAACCCUUUAACUUGACCUUGUUUUGGAAUUCCAGUAUUGACUAUAGCUCCGUUAUCCUGGAGUGCCUACCCCACAGCCAAGAUCCUGAGGUGACCGCCUUUAGCGUGGACAUCAGCCAGCUGGAUGGCAACAUAACCAUUACCAAUCUGGAACCCAAGACGAAGUAUGAGUUCUAUUUUAAACUCGUAUAUCCGCGGUCCUCACAUCCCUAUAUCUGGCCCGUGGAACAGGCUGGACAUUUUCUUUACGAAACUUUGGGUACGGCACCCGGACGUCCUGGGCGUCCAAUGCUGGAGCUAAUCAGUGGUGAGAUAUUCAAAAUCAAUUGGGAACCGGCCCGGCCACAUGGCGCCCAAGGUCUCCACUACAGUCUGGAGGGUCUACAGGCCCGCAAUAGCAAACGUAGCCGACGUGAGGCCAUUGCAGCUGCUUCGUAUGACAGCAGCAACCUUAAUCACACGUCCAGCAUUAGUGUCAUCUCCCAAUUGCCCUGGGCCGAGGAGUUGCAACCCAUCGAAGACAAAUGGAUUGUGGUGUGCAACACCACGGAGUUAAGCUGUAUCAUCAGGGAGCUACACACCCUGCGCCUGCUAAUGUUUCGUGUUCGGGCCCACAGUAAGGAAUAUGGCUGGGGUCCAUACAGUGAGGACAGCGAGCGGGUGUUGGAACCCUAUGUUUCGCCACAAAAACGCAACUCAUUGGUUUUGGCCAUUAUGGCACCGGUGGUGAUUGUUGCCACUUGUGUCAUCAUUUUGUUUGUCAUACGCAAAGUACACAAACGUCGCUUGAAAGCCAAACAAUUACUGGCCAAAAGCCGUCCCAGCAUAUGGAGCAAUGUGUCCAGCAUGCAACAGCAGUUCGAUCGCAAUCGUGCCUUUUCCAUGACCAGCAAUGCCACCAUGUACACGGGGGGGCCACUGAGUGAUGCUGACAUUGCCCUGCUGCCGCAUGUUAAUUGGAGUCAAAUUUCAUUGUUGAAUUUUUUGGGCAGUGGUGCCUUUGGCGAGGUCUAUGAGGGUUUGCUGAAGCAUGAGGACAACGAAACACCCGAAAAGGUGGCAAUAAAGACCCUCCGCAAGGGAGCCAGCGAAUUUGCCGAGCUGCUACAGGAAGCCCAGUUGAUGAGCAAUUUCAAACAUGAGAAUAUUGUGCGUUUGAUUGGCGUCUGUUGUGAUACCGAAUCGAUUUCCAUUAUCAUGGAGCAUAUGGAGGGUGGUGAUUUGCUGAGCUAUUUAAGGGAGUCCCGACCAAAUUCCACGAAACCUGUUGCAUCUCUGCAAUUGUUGGAUCUCAUGUCCAUGUGCAUUGAUGUGGCCACGGGCAUGGCCUAUUUGGAGGACAUGCAUUUUGUCCAUCGUGAUUUGGCAUGUCGCAAUUGUUUGGUAUCAUCGAGAAUACCCAGCCGGAGGGUGGUGAAAAUUGGAGACUUUGGCCUAGCUCGGGAUAUUUACAAGAGCGAUUAUUACCGUAAAGAGGGUGAGGCAUUGGUCCCUGUACGCUGGAUGGCCCCGGAGAGUUUGGUCGAUGGGGUUUUCACCACUCAGUCGGAUGUCUGGGCAUUUGGCGUUUUAUGUUGGGAAAUUUUAACCCUGGGCCAGCAACCCUAUGCUGUGCGCAAUAAUUUCGAGGUUUUGACCUUUGUCAAGGAGGGAGGACGUUUAGAACAGCCGGAUAACUGUCCAGAUAAAUUAUUUACUUUAAUGUCCGAAUGUUGGCUAAGCGAUCCCGAGGAACGUCCAUCGUUUCGAAAAAUUUUCAACACCCUGCUGUCCGUCAAGACCGAUGUACGUCGGGUCAGUUUGGGCUAUAACAUCGAUGACAGCGACUAUGCCAUGUAUGCCAAUCAGCAUGGCAUUGUUUUCAGCAGCUUCUUGGGUACCCCGCUAAACAAAGUCAACGAAGAGCGACGUGAGGAGGAGGAGGAGAGCUCUGAGUCGACAUAUGAAUGCAAACAAAAUCUCAAAAAUGAAGAGGAGACAAAACUAAAUGCCAAUGGGCGUUGUGGCGAACCGAUGGAAAAAAUCGACAUGAAAGUACAUUUUGAAAGUGGCAGCCACAUGGUCAAGACGUCAGACUGUGAUUCGUUGAAUGAUGAGGCCCAUUUGAUUGAUGCCAAAUUAUAUCGGAUGCAAGAGAAUCCCGACUAUUACAUCAAUGAGGGAGUGUCGAGAUUAUAGAGAUGUCCAUAAAUAUUAUUUC